UCUAUGGGUGUGGUGAAGAAGCAGCUCGGUGGAAAGCGAGCUGAGAGUGUGUGGCCCUUUAAAUGUCUCCAAAUUACUCAAAUUAAGUCUUUAUUUUGUCAUUUGUUUUACCUUUAGCGCUAUGUGUCGAUUUUGAAAUACGUUUCACGCCGGUACGACGUGCCCAGAAGAGCUUGUCUCAGGUCUCAGCUGGUCAUCUCCUCUGAGGGUGAGUUGUGUGUCACACAGGGACAAUGAGUGAACUGGAGCAGUUACGGCAGGAAGCCGAGCAGCUACGCAGUCAAAUCCGGGAUGCCAGAAAGGCUUGUAGUGACUCGACUCUUUCACAGAUCACAGCUGGUCUGGACUCAGCAGGACGGAUACAGAUGAGGACAAGGCGUACACUUAGGGGUCAUCUAGCCAAAAUCUACGCCAUGCAUUGGGGCAGCGACUCGAGGUUGCUUGUCAGUGCCUCCCAGGAUGGCAAAUUAAUCAUAUGGGACAGCUACACGACAAACAAGGUCCAUGCAAUCCCCCUGCGCUCUUCCUGGGUGAUGACCUGUGCAUAUGCACCCUCGGGCAGCUACGUAGCUUGCGGAGGCCUGGACAACAUUUGCUCUAUCUACAGUCUGAAGACCCGUGAGGGAAACGUCAGGGUCACCAGAGAACUGCCUGGGCACACAGGCUAUUUGUCUUGCUGUCGCUUUCUGAAUGACAACCAGAUUGUCACCAGCUCUGGAGACACCACGUGUGCACUCUGGGACAUUGAGACAGGCCAGCAGGCCACAACCUUCACAGGCCACACUGGCGACGUGAUGAGUCUGUCGCUUAGUCCCGACUCCAAGACGUUUGUGUCUGGAGCCUGUGACGCCUCCUCCAAACUGUGGGACAUUAGAGAUAGCAUGUGCAGGCAGACCUUUACCGGCCACGUCUCCGAUAUCAACGCUGUCUGUUUUUUCCCUAAUGGGAACGCCUUCACUACUGGCUCGGACGAUGCCACGUGCAGGCUGUUCGACCUGCGUGCUGACCAGGAGCUCAUGAUGUACUCUCACGACAGCAUCAUUUGCGGCAUCACCUCUGUGGCUUUCUCCAAGAGUGGUCGCCUCCUGCUUGCGGGCUACGAUGACUUCAACUGCAACGUCUGGGAUACAUUGAAAGGCGAGCGCGCAGGUGUCCUCGCCGGUCACGACAACAGGGUCAGUUGCUUAGGAGUGACUGAUGAUGGCAUGGCUGUGGCCACAGGCUCAUGGGAUAGUUUCCUCCGAAUCUGGAACUGAUCUCACAGUUCCUGGACUUUAUGGAGGACUGACCAUCUGCAACCCCACUACAGAUCACAGCUGUGAGAACACCACUCUGUUUCUACCUUGCUGCAGCACUCCUUUUGUAUUCACAACGCCACAUUCCUGUGAAGAGGCCAAACUGACUCGACGGAGGUCAGACAGCUGGGUUGUUGAGAAACAAUAGAGGCAUCAUUGUGUUAUAUGUACAUAUAUAUAUGUAUAUACAUAUGUAUAUGAAUAUAAAUAUGGUAUAUAUGUACAGUUAGUGUGUGUGUGUG